GUUUACUCCCCUCCAUCAUCCCAUAAUUGCCUCCAACAUCUCUCCCCACGUUUUCUUUCUUUCUGUUUCAUUGAAAAUCUUCUCCUUCUUCUUUUGUUUUACUUUUUCUUUCUAUUUUCUUCUCCUGGUCCAUUGCUGUCAUGGAAUCCAUGUCUUCUCUUCCCAUAUCUUUGAUACAUAGAUAGAGAGUAAAAGGAAAAACACGGUUUUGCAUGUUCUUGACUUUGACAUCAUUAAGAUCUCAAUAUCAAGGACCAAGGGACAAGAGAUAACCAGCAGCAACAACAAGAAGUCAAGAAGAACAAGAAGAAAUCAAAAUGUUGCAGAGAGCUGCAAGCAAUGCAUAUUCAUGGUGGUGGGCUAGCCACAUCAGAACAAAACAAUCAAAAUGGAUGGAGCAGAACCUUCAAGAUAUGGAGGAAAAGGUGCAGAGUGUUUUGAAGCUCCUAGAGGAAGAUGGAGACUCAUUUGCCAAGAGAGCAGAAAUGUAUUACAAGAGGAGACCGGAGCUGAUAGGUUUUGUGGAAGAAUCAUUCAAAGCUUACCGCGCUUUGGCCGAACGAUACGAUCACAUAUCUACAGAGUUGCAGAAUGCCAACAACACCAUUGCUCAGGCCUUUCCAGAUCGAGUCCCGUUUAUGGAUGAAGAUGAUGAUGAUGUGUCGUCACCAAGGACUCCAAGAAAACUACCAGAAGGGUUCAAAGGAAAUAUCCCAAAGCCUCCCAUGAGAGAUUUGAAAAGUGUGGUCAAAACAGCAACAGCUACAAAGAAAUUCCAAUCCAAGAAGCCAGCUACCACAACUUCUGCAGCUUCUAAAGUUUCUAAAUCUGGAUUGAGCAGAAAGGAGGCACUUGAAGAGGUUGACAAGCUUCAGAAACAGAUCUUGGCUCUACAAACUGUGAAAGAGUUUGUGAAGAGCUCUUAUGAUAAUGCCAUUGCUAGGUAUUGGGAAACUGAGGAGCAGAUCAAAGAAUUGCAAGAGAGAGUUUCAAUUCUGCAAGAGGAGCUUGGAGAAGGUAUUGUUAUCGAAGAUGACGAAGCGCGCCGAUUGAUGGCAGAAGCUGCUCUUAAAUCAUGCCAAGAGACGUUGACAGAGUUGCAACAGAAACAGGAAAAAUCAAUUGAUGAAACCAGAGUUGAGUCCACAAGGAUAAAAGACGUCAAGGCCAAGUUAGGCUUUCUCAUGGAUGAGUUCCAUUAUGAUCAGAGCAAUUCCAAAGAGCCAAGGGCCAAAAGAGAUGUCAAAGAAGUAGCACAACCAAAGGACUUGGGCAAUGAAGAGGACCAAUUGACUCAAAGGAGACAAAACUUACUGGUAUUGCAGGAGACCAUUAAAGAGCACUUUGAGAAUGGCUCCAAUGCAUCCCUCACUGUGGCAGAUAUGGUAGAGAAGAUUGAUGAUCUUGUGAACAAAGUGUACAGCUUGGAAACUUCAGUUUCAUCUCAGACGGCUCUAGUAACUAGAUUGAGAACAGAAACUGAUGAACUUCAAGUCCAGGUUCGAACUCUGGAAAGUGAUAAAGAAAGUCUGAUCAACGACAGAAAUAAAUUAAACGCCCAAUUGAGAGAAAUGGAAGAAAAGCUGCAUGGAGUACAAGAUCUAAACCAAGUUGUUGAAGAUCAGAAUAUCAAUCUCCAAACUGAUUUCACUGAAGCACGCUGUGAACUUGAUGAUCUAUCAGAGAAAGUCCAAAAUGUUCAGCCAGGUGAGGAGGCUAAGGUCACAGAUUUGCCACAAUCAUCAGGCCAAGCUGAUUCAAAACAUGAACCUGAAGGAGAAGUUCCACCGAAUCAAGACAAUGUCCUAGUGAAUGAUGUGAAGUCAGCAAAGGAGCUUAAUGGUUUGAUAGAAGAUGCAGUAAACUCAGAUAAGGAGCUUAAGGUUGCUGGUACUGUAGAAGAUGGUGCAACAUCAGGUAACAAGCUGGAGGUCACUGGUUCAACCCAAAAUGGUGCAAGUACAGAUAAUGAACUUAAGGUUCCCGGUAUUGUAGAAGACGACGUAACAUCAGAUAAGAAGCUGGAGGUCACUGGUUCACCACAAAAUGGUGCACGCACAGAUAAUGAACUUAAGGUAACCGGUUCAAUGGGAAAUGAUGUUAAGUCAGUAAAUGAGGUCAAGGUCACUGGUUCCUUGGGAACAGAAGAGGAAACCCCGGCAGAAAACAAACCUACAGAUGAGUUAAAAGAGCAAGACAAGCGUUUGAAUCCUGACAACAGUGAUGAAAAAGCAACAGUUGCUGUGAGUACUUCUACUGAAAAUCAGGAAGUAAGCCUGUCCCCAGCAAGCAACAAGGCAGAUAGUUCUUCAGAGAGUUUUGUGAAACAGCAAGAACCCGAUGCUAACCAAAGUUUAUCUGAGACAGAUAAUACCCUCAAAGUUGACACCAAAGAAGUGGAAGCAGUAAAAGAAGAUGAACCUGAUUGGCGGAAAAUGUUUAUGGAUGGAAUGCAGGACAGAGAAAAGGUUCUGCUGACUGAGUAUACUAAUACUCUUCGAAAUUACAAAGAUAUGAAGAAGAAGCUUGCUGAAAUUGAGAAGAAAGAUGAAGGUAACAACUUUGAUUCAUCUUUGCAGCUCAAAGAACUCAAGACAGCUAACUCCUUGAAAGAUGAAGAGAUAAGGCUUCUACGUCAGAAGUUAGGACUCCUGCAGAGAAGCUUCGAGGGAAAUGAAGAUUUGGCAGAGUCACAUUCAGUACUGCACUCAAAAGAACACAAUCUUGAGGAACUUUUAAAAAUUGAACAACCUGAGUCUACAUCAGCCAUUGAAGAGAAGUUCCGGCAUAACAUGGAUGGAAUCCUAGAGGAGAACUUAACUUUCUGGUUAAAAUUCAGUACUAGUUUUUCUGAGAUACAAAGGUUUGAAACCACUAUCAAAGAUUUGCAGACUGAGGUAUAUAAACUUGAGGAAAAAGGGACAUCAUCAGAGGGUAGUAGUAGCAUAAAGCAUAGUUUAAAAUCAGAUGCUCGGCCGAUUUAUAAACACCUCUCAGAGAUCCAAACUGAAAUAACAGUCUGGCUGGAAAAGAGUGCCUUGCUGAAAGAAGAACUGCAGCAUAGAUUCUCAUCCUUGUGUGACAUCCAAGAAGAGAUAACAACUGCACUGAAAGCUAGUGCUGAAGAUGAUGACUUCAGGUUCACAAGCUACCAAGCCGCCAAGUUCCAAGGUGAGGUUUUGAAUAUGAAACAGGAAAACCACAAGGUUGCUGAUGAACUUCAAGCAGGUCUAGAUAUGGUGACAUCUCUCCAAUCUGAAGUUGAAAAGACUCUUGCAAAGCUGAAUGAUCAAUUUGGGUUGUCAGCUUCAAAGAGACAACAAAAUGGUCAGCUAAGACAGUCAGAGACUCGCGCCAGGGUUCCUCUGAGAUCAUUUAUCUUUGGUGUCAAACCAAAGAAACAGUCAAUCUUCUCCUGCAUGACCCCUGGAAUGCAUAAGAAGUUACGGGCUGCCAAGGAACAGGACCAAAUGUAAAAUAUUUUCCUACUUUCCUACUGUUUCUGUUUAAUUUUUCUUCUCAUUGUGAAAAUAUUUUUCUCAAUUUCAUUAGAUAGUGUAUUGAGAUUUGAGAGUGUCUUUUAGUGAAAAGGAUCAGAUUCAUUAUUCUAUGUUAUACUUGUCCAUAAGUUGGCAGAGAAGUACGACAAAACAAAUGUAGCCUUUGGUUUAACUUUCUCUUUGUAAUUUGAGCUCUUUUUUUUCAACAUAUAUCAGUUAGUGUGUUACCAUAUUAGGCAU